AUGGACUCACUUCGACCUCGAUGGCUAGAAGGCCAAUCUUCAUUCUGGGAGCGGAGCGUACAAUUGCUUCGACCACGAUUCACGAUAGGCUACCUACUGUUCUCCCUCGUGGCGCUUUAUGUCCUCUAUUGUUACAUUGUCGGGUCGCCUCUAUUUGCUUCGAGACUUCCAGCUUACACCGGACCAUAUCGUGUUGGCGCCGUCGAUAUUGAAGUGCCUGUGCAAGAACCACGAAAGAUCUCCGAUGCUGUCUUUCUCAAAGACAGCAAACCGGCCUUCCAACUUGACACUGUCCUUUUCACCUUGUAUUAUCCCGCCGCGAAAGGAGUCAGGAGUGUACAUCCGCAUCACAAGUGGUUUCCGAAGCCCAUCAGUCUUAUUGCGAGAGGGUAUGCCAUCGCAGCUCAUUUCGACAACUUCAUCUCGAGGCCGCUGUUCACCUUCAUGCUGUGGGGCCUCGCUAGUAGUAUAACGAUUCCCGCAGAUGUGGAUGUACCUCUGGUACAGUCCUCCGUCAAUGAAGAUGAGCUGUCACGCUUGCCGAUGGUCGUACUAAGUCACGGCGACGUAUCAUCGAGAACCGACUAUACUGCUCUCGUUGGAGAACUUGCAAGUCGUGGAGUUGUCGUUGCGGCAAUUGAGCAUAGAGAUGGAAGCUGUCCAGGCUCUACCGUUCACCUUCCCAAUAACCAGAAGAAAGACGUCCUUCUCUUUCGAGCUGACCAACUCAAGCCGAGCGGCCCCGGAGAUGAGGUAUCCAACGAUGACUGGAGAUUUCAAAAACUAGCAUUCCGAGAUGCUGAAAUCGAAGAGACGGUAUCGGUUCUGCGAGCUCUACAUGCCGGCAAAGGCCGUGGAGUGUUUGACAAGAACUACCGUAAAGAAGGCCAAAACUUGCCAGCCUUCGAAAACCGACUAGACUUCUCCCAUUUGAUUAUUGCUGGUCAUUCUUUCGGAGCGACAGGAGCAAUGCAGGCCUUGAAGAGCGCCAACAAAACGACCGGAAAACGCUGGGACAACCCAGCAGUCGGCGGCAUCAUUCUCGAUCCCGGUAAAUCAUCUGGACGACUGAAUCCCGACAUCGACGUUCCUCUACUCAUCGUCCACUCCCAAUCAUGGUCGAAAACCUACUCUUUAUUCUUUGGAAGACCUCACUUCGACACCGUCAAGGACAUUGCCCAAKCCGUGCUCGAGCGCACUGGCGCCACGUGGUUCAUGACAAGUUUGAAAACAUCCCAUCCAAGCGUCACAGAUGCUCCUUUGAUUGAACCUUUACUCCWCUCCUGGACGACCGGGGCAACAAUCAACGUCAAAGAGGGACUGAGGGAGUACGUGCGAGUCAGUAUGGAUUUCCUCACUUUCCUUCGGAACGGUAGCCGUCGAGGCGUACUGGAUGUUGGUGUCACGCAUGAACAGUAUGGCAGUGAUACUCGAACGGAUCUUCAGAAGGAAAAGAUGGAUCCGAAAACCUCCAAGUAUUGGGAAGUGCAUGUUGCACCGCCGGCGUCCUUUUCGACUGAAGGGUAG